GCCCCUAUGACCUUCCUCUCGCGAGACUUGAUGCGUCUUUCUGCGAGAUCAUCUGCACCAAGAAAUCGGAUCCAGAACCAGAACACAAUCUGCACAUUUCUGCGUGGGUCAUGGAGUCGCCCUCUCACAGCCUCUUCCUGCUCCAGCAGCUCAAUGUCCAGAGAGAGUUUGGCUUCCUGUGCGACUGCACCGUCGCCAUCGGCAACGUCUACUUCAAAGCUCACCGGGCCGUGCUGGCAGCCUUCUCCAACUACUUCAAGAUGAUCUUCAUCCACCAGACCAGUGAGUGCAUAAAGAUCCAGCCCACCGACAUUCAGCCAGACGUGUUCAGCUACCUGCUGCACAUCAUGUACACCGGGCGGUGCCCCAAGCAGCCGGUGGAUCCGAGCCGGCUGCAGGACGGCAUGAAGUUCCUUCACGCCUACCAAUUGUGUCGGAAACAUGCCGAGGGCGCCGCAGACUCCGGCGUGGAUGACGACAUGGUCCGGAUGUCCAACCUGUACGGAAUCCAAAUCUCAUCUCAGCUUGCCAACAAAGAAGCGGGCGGAGCCCCCGAGACAACGACCGCCCCUUCCGAGGGCCGGGGGGGGGGGUCCCACCCUCAGCUGGCCCUCGCCGCCGGACUGGAGGGGGUCCCGUCUGCAACGCACAAUGUGUGCUCCGUGGCGUCCGGGGAGGAUUCAAACCUCACCGCCCAAAUCAAGAAGGAGCGGGUGGAGGAGGAAGAGGAGGAGGAGGAUGGCAAACAGGCGCCCGGGGGGGGGUCUCCGGAUAGCAGCCCCAUGCAGGAUCUCCUCUUCAAAGACCGGGCCCUGGUCCUGCUGUGCCCCCGCUGUGGGGAGCGCUGCUCCUCCCCCGAGGACCUGAGGGAUCACCUUUUCAGCCACGCCCUCGACGCGGGGGCGCAGGGCGGCGAGCUGGACACUGGCGGGGAGGAAGGUCCGACAGAGGACGCCCGCUGGCUGGAGGAGGCGCUGAGGCAGAGCCAGGCAUUGGCCAACCAGCUGGCGGCAGAGCUAAGGAGGAGCCGGGGCGGAAGAGGUGGAGGC